UAGUAUUAUUAUUUUUUUUUUGUUUUUUUCAACUCUCGCCAAGUGAUCAUGAGUUUCGGUUUCAGCAUUGGAGAUUUUCUCACUGUCAUCAAUAGUGCCAACAAUAUUCGAACAAAAUUUGUUGGUGCGCCUGCUCAAUUCAGGGCUCUCUCCGAUGAGUAUGGCGCUACUGUCUCCCUGUAUGGCAUCGUCGUGAAUGAUGUCAACAUCGAUUUAUCCAACACUGCUCUCAGCAGGGAGCAAGAAACGGAGCUGCAAGAAAUAGCAGCCAGCUGCCGCAAUGUUCUCGCUGGAAUCGAGAAGACGAUCGAACAAUACUCUGCGAUAAACGCCCCUCAUAGUUUGAAAAGAGUCUGGAAACGUCUCAAGUGGGAACCAGACGACAUUCGUGACCUUCGGAAUCGUCUUUGCAGUAAUAUCGGCCUUCUCAAUGCGAUCAACGGGCGGAUCACCCGCGACGGUGUCCUGGAAUUACUGGGACACUCAAACAAUGAGCGAGUCAAAAAGUGUCUUGAGUGGCUGUCACCCACGAACUAUGCAGUACAGCAGAGUGACUUUAUCGGUCGGCGCCAACCAGGAACAGGGGAGUGGCUUUUAGAGUCACCCGAAUUCCUGGCAUGGAUCGAAAGGCCGCAGGAAACAUUAUUUUGUCCAGGUAUUCCGGGAGCUGGCAAAACGAUCCUUGCAUCGGUUGUGAUCGAUGAGCUUGAGGCUCGAUAUGAGAAUGACCAAGGCAUCGGCAUUGCAUAUUGGCAAGCAUUCUUCGGCAGCUGGCCCAGGGUCUGGUUCCAAUGCCAGACAUUUUUAUGGCAUUGUACGACAUGCACGAGACCAAAGGAACACGGCUAUCUUUCAAUGAAACUUCCAAGGCCUUGCGGUCGGUUGUUCAUCAUUUUUCCCGGGUCUUCAUUGUUGUUGAUGCGUUGGACGAAUGCGGGACCCUUGCCAUAUCACGAAUACUGGACGAACUUUUCAAUCUUCAGAUGACAAACAACCUAAAUCUUUUGAUGACCUCGAGAUUUAUCCCAGAGAUAAUGGCUAGGUUUCAAAACAAACUUACUCGAGAGAU